CUGCCCAGCCCUGUUAGCUUCUCCCCAACCUACGGUAUAAGGGUUAGUGGCAAGAAGGCCGGCUCUGGAAAGCAGGGGAGUCUGGGAACAGAGAGGGCUGUGGGUCCUGAGGGAGGUAGACUAAGGACACAGAGAAAGAGAGGCAGGGGGUCCCCAUAUCUCAGAGGAAGAAAGAAGGGAACAGGAAGAAGACUGGGUUGCAAAGAUCCCCCAGGGGAGAGAGAGGGAGCUGGGCAGACAUGAAGUUACAGGGGUGCCUGGCCUGUCUCCUGCUAGCCCUGUGUCUGGGUAGCGGGGCAGCUAGCCCACUGCAGAGUGGAAUAGAAGGUCCCGGGGCAAGUGCUGCGCAAGGAUUGGGAGACAGCAUUAGCCAUGGAGUUGGUGAGACUGUAGGCCAAGGGUUAGCUAAAGAGGCAGCCGGCUCUGGAACCCAGGACGCCCUCGGCCGGGGACAUGAAGAAGAAGGUGGCUUGGCAUUGAGGGAGGCCAGGGGGGACGCUUUUGACCACAGGCUCGAGGAAGCAGCCCAGUCUCUGGAGAACGCUGGGGGUAAGAAGGUUGGCAGGCGGGCUGAGCGUGUCAUUCGACGGGAGACGGAUGCUGUCCGCAAUGCCGGGUCUUGGGGGACAUCUGGAGGCCAUGGCAUGUUCGCCUCUCAAGGUGGCAUCGGGGGCCACGGAAAUCCUGGUGUUCAAGGGACUCCCUGGGCCUCAGAAGACAGCUAUGGAACCGGCUCUCUGGGCGGCUCUGCGGACCAGGGUGGCGACGGCAAGCUGUUCACCUACGAAACCGAUACCCAGGGAGCUGUGGCUCAGCCUGGCUACGGGUCAGUGAGAGGCAACAACCAAAACUCAGGGUGUACCAACCCCCCACCAUCUGGCUCCAGCAACUCUGAGGUAAGAGGAGGCGGAAGCAGCAGAGGCCGCGGCGGUAACAAUGACUAUGGCACCGGCACCACUAGUGGCGGCAACAGCGGCGGUGGCAGUAGUCAAGGCACCACUAGUGGCGGUGACUAUGACUACGGCAGCACCAGUGGUGGUAACUACGGCUACAGCAGUGACCGUACUCAAGGCAACAGGGGCGGCAGCAGUUCUGGGUCCCGGUGUGACAACCCAGGGAAUGGUGGAAAUGCUGUGCGCAUGGCCGGAGGAUCUGGAAGCCAGGAAAGCAGAGAAAGCAACCGUCUUCUCGGUGGUGACCACGACUACCAGGACCAUGGGCCCAGUGGGGACAACAUACAAAACGAAGCUGUCAGUGGACUCAAGGCUGUGAACCCUGCACCUUCCUCCUUGCCGUUCAGCUUUGACAAUUUCUGGGAGGAUUUAAAAUCCAAGUUGGGUUUCAUUAACUGGGACGCCAUCAACAAGGGCCGUCUCCCGUCUCCUAGCACUCGCGCCUUACUCUAUUUCCGCAGACUCUGGGAGAAUUUCAAACGCAGAACUCCCUACUUCAACUGGAAACAGAUUGAGGGCUCGGAUCUGCCGUCACUGCAGAAGAGAGCCCGUGGCGCUGAUCAGAGCUCCUAUGGUAGCCCGCAGGGGAACCCUAAUUACAACUGGCAGUACUAUGCCAAGACCACCCCCAAGGGAGGAGUCACACCUUCGUCAUCCUCUGCUUCCCGGGCUCAACCCGGCCUGCUGAAGUGGCUGAAGUUUUGGUAGGUCUUGAGGGGAGCUUGGCUGUACUUAACGCACAGUCCUCUCUGCUGUGGCAGGCCUACAUGGGCGCUGACACCCCCAACCAUCUCACCUGGGGACGUGGUUUCUCUGUCCUCACUCUCCCGAUUUCGGCUGUGGGUGUCUUGGAGACAUGAGAGUCAGCUUCCUUGGAUAACCGGCCAGUUUCUUCACCUUCCGGUUCUGACCGGAAGUCCCACCCCCACCGUAAUGAUGGCACAGGGGCUUCCUAC